GCCGACCCCUCCAUGGAGGCCCUUCCUGAGACAUCACGGAUCCGUCAGGUCUACCCUGCCGAUCUGUUCCCGAAUGGUCACUAUGCCCCCCUCUUGCAUGGCCGGGUUCGGUAUUGGAUCAUCGGUCCAGAGGAGGGAACUAAAGUCGUUCUCAUCCACGGGAUAUCCACCCCCGCAGUCACUUGGACGACCAUCGCGCCCUACCUCGCCGAACGCGGGUUCCGAGUGCUUGUCUAUGACCUGUACGGAAAGGGCUAUUCGGAGGCACCGCAUACGACAUACGACGCCAACCUGUUCGUCACCCAACUCGCCUUGCUGCUCCAGUACGUACGCUGGGAUGCCGCACACAUCGUCGGCUUUUCAAUGGGCGGUGGGAUCGCAGGUGCUUUAAGCGCAAGCCUUCCUCACCUCGUGGCCGAAAAGACCGUCUUCAUCUCCUCUGCUGGCUUGAUAGAGAGAACCCCGUCUAAGCCGGUGCCGACCAACAGAGUGGCCCUGAAGCAGUUCCUAGAGGUGCGCUCAAUCCUGUCCUUUUCGCGUGAAAACCCGACACCGAGUGCGUCGCAGCUCCGCGACCUCCAAGGCAGCGCGCUCCCCGGCUACAAGCGCAGCCUCCAGUCGUGCUUCGACCACGGCCCCAUCCGCGGCCUGCGCAGCUCGUUCGAGAAGCUCGCCGACAUCUCCGUCGGGCCCGAGCGCAAGAAGCUGCAAGUCCUCAUCAUACACGGCACCGACGACGAGAUCGUGCCGUACGAGGAGGCGACGAAGAUCAAGGCGACGAUCCCGCACGCGGAGCUGGUGACCGUCGAGGGGGCCUACCACGACGUCGUCUUCAGGGACGAGCACUGGCGGAUCGUCGCCGAGGCCUUGGACCGCUUCUUGAAGUGACCGGCGGGCUAGUCAGCUACUCAUGGCCUCGUGCUCUUCCGUUCCCAUCACAGGGGCUCGUAACAUGUACGGACGGAGGUCAGGGUUCUGCAGUCAUAUUGAUGUAGUGUAAAGAGCGCCGAAUUCGCGAGUCCAGCGGUACAGUUCGCUGUCCUACUACACUGUCAACGUCCUGACAUAUAAUACUCCGAUCGAAGUGCUGAAG